AGGGGGCUGCCCGCCGCGCGCCUGAAGGACCCCGCUCGGGCCGCACGGGCCGCCUAGCCCGGAGCCUGGUGGCCACUUGACGCGCCCGGAGGACUAGGUGGAUCGGACCGGAACUCCAGCUGGACUGGGGCUCCGAACAGCCCGGAAUCUGGGCGGACUUACUCCCCGGGAGCGAGAUGACCGCCACCCUGCGCAGCCCUCCGGCCCUGCAGCUCACCCUGGCCCUCAUCAAGCCCGAUGCCGUGGCUCACCCGCUGAUUCUGGAGGCUGUCCAUCAGCAGAUUCUGCGCCACCGGCUCCUCAUUGUGCGGAGGAGGGAGCUCGUGUGGAGGAGGGACGACUGCCGCAGGUUCUACCAGGAGCACGAAGGGCGCUUCUUCUACCAGCGGCUGGUGGAGUUCAUGGCCAGCGGGCCCAUCCGAGCCUACAUCCUCGCCCACCCGGACGCCAUCCAGCUCUGGAGGACGCUGAUGGGGCCCACCAGGGUGUUCCGCGCCCGCCACGUGGCCCCCGACUCCAUCCGAGGGAGUUUCGGCCUCACCGACACCCGCAACACCACCCAUGGCUCCGACUCCGUGGCCUCUGCCAGCAGAGAGAUUGCAGCUUUCUUCCCCGACUUCAGCGAGCGGCGCUGGUUUGAGGAGGAGGAGCCGCAGUGGCGCUGGGGCCCCGUGCGCUACAGUCCGGAGAGGGGUGUCCACGGCCCAGCGGGCACAGGCGGCCAGGACCGGCCUGACCCCGGCCUGUGGGUCUGAGGCUGGAUGGGGAGGCCGGGCUCAUGGCGCCCUGGCGGCCAGGCCCCACCCGCCCGAGAGCCUGGCUCCUCGCCGCCGCCUGCGAGCCUCUUGAGCCUCUUUCUCAUCUGCCUCUUCGCUGGGCUGGUCCUGGGGGCUCAGAGGAAGGAGGGCCCCGCUUUGCCCUGAAACUGUUCACGCCUUUUCGAGGAGGAGCUGCCCGAGUGACUGACUACGAGCAGCACCUGGCCCUCCCUCCAGGCCAGUCCCUGUCCGACCGCGCCUCCCGCAGGCCGGCUGCUCAGGGCCUGCUGGUCCUGAUGGAGUCAGUGGGCCUGCCCUGAGGCCCCUCCCCUCCGGUGCCCGGGGGGUCCCCACAGUGCGGCUCACGUCGUGGGUGAGUGGGCUCCGGUCCCGGCCUGCGCCCUGGGGGGAGGGGCGGCCUUUAUGUGACACAGGCCACGGCUGCCUGAUGAAUCAACUCAAAAUGUAGUUCUUAAGAGAAUAAACUCGCCCCGGCCAGUGUGUCUCAGUGGAUAGAGCACCGACCAGCAGACUGAAGGGUCCCAGGUUCAGUUCCGGUCAAGGGCACGUGCCUGGUUGCAGGCUCGAUCCCCAGUGGGGAGCAUGCAGGAGGCAGCCGAUCUAUGAUUUUCUUGGUGUUUCUAUCUCUCCCUCUCCUUUCCUCUCUGAAAUCAAUACAAAUAUAUUUCAUAGAGAGAGAGAGAGGGAUGGUUUGUUCUUAUGUGUCUGUCGGUUGGCGGGGAACCGCUGGUCUCACUGGACUCGCUCGUGGCUGCACUCAGCGGGCUUUCAUCUGCAGCCUCACAGCAUGUGGCCUUAGGGUCCCCGGGGGCCAGCCCCCAUUCACAAGCUUCCCAGUUCCUGCGCCUGUCAUGUCUGCUAACAUCCCAUUGGCCAAAAGCAAGUCACAUGACCAGACAGAGUCCAUUUGGGAAGGGCCUGCAUAAGGGAGGGGUACUGGGAGGGAUAUUGGGGGCCAUACCAUGACAAGCUACAGUAGUGAGAAUCGUGAGGAGCCUUGAAUUUAUAUAGAAUUUGUGAGACCAAAUAUUGCACAAGCCAACAAAGGAGAUGAAGAGAUAGCCCUAACCGGUUUGGUUCAGUAGAUAGAAGGUUGGCCCUCAGACUGAAGGGUCCCAGGUUCAAUUCCAGUCAAGGGCACAGGCCUGGGGUGCAGGCUCAACCCCCCGUAGCGGGCGUGCGGGAGGCAACCGAUCAAUGUGUUUUUUUGACAUCGAUGUUUCUGUCUUUCCCUCUCUCUUUAAAAAUCAAUGGGGAAAACUAAAUAAAAAAUAAAAUAAAAAUAAUAGAGAGAGAAGAGAACAAUCAAUGGGAAAAUAUCCUCGGGUGAGGGUUAAGCAAAAAAAAGACUCAACGUAAGCACAUUAUUGGGGGGAAACCAUUCUGCCUCAACUAGACCCGAGGCUGUAAUGGGUUCUUUUUUAUUGUAGGAAGAGUUUUUUAUUUUUUAAUAUUUUUAUUGAUUUCAGAGAGGAAGGGAGAAGGAGCGAGACAUCAGUGAUGAGAGAGAAUCAUUGAUUGGCUGCCUACUGCACACCCCCUACUGGGCAUCGCGCCGGCAACCUGGGCAUGUGCCCCUGACUAGAGUCGAAUCUGGGCCCCCUCAGUCCGCAGGCUGACGCUCUAGCCCAGUGAUGGUGAACCUUGCGAGCUUGGCGUGUCAGCAUUUUGAAAAACCCUAACUUCACUCUGGUGCCAUGUCACAUAUAGAAAUUUUUUGAUAUUUGCAACCAUAGUAAAACAAAGACUUCUAUUUUUGAUAUUUAUUUUAUAUAUUUAAAUGUCAUUUAACAAAGAAAAAUCAACCAAAAAAAUGAGUUUGCAAAAAAAAAAAAAAAAUGAGUUUGCCUGUCACCUCUGACACACAUGUCAGGUUUGCCAUCACUGCCCUAGCCACUGAGCAAAACAAGCCAGGGCUUGAUUUUUUUUAAAUAAAUUCUUUAUUGUUGAAAGUCGCAUGUCUCCUUCCCCCAUCGCCCUGUCCCAGCCCCUGCGGUCAGUGUCCAUUGGUUCUGCCACGUGCGGGCACCCAGUCCUUCGGCUGCUCUCUACAGUGGAUUGUUAGCUCCGUCCUUUAUCGAUCCCAACAGCGGUUCUCAGCCUUCCUAAUGCCUCGACCCUUUAAUACGGUUCCUCAUGUUGUGGGGACCCCCAAUUUCAUUGUGACAAAUUGAACAUCAAUAAAGCCUAGUGAU